UACAAACGCGGAAUCCUGCGCUGGUGCCCGCGUUCUGUGGUGACGCUGGCGCUGUACUCUGACGCGAGCGCUCCAGAUCUGACGCACCCCGCGCUUUUUUUUUUUAAAUCAUUACUACUUUUUAAACACGCGCAUUUUCUCUUUCCUUUCUUUUUCAUUGUGUUUUUCCUCGCUUUCACUCUCUCUCUCUCUCUCCCUCUCCCUCUCUCUCUCUCUCUCUCUCUCUCUCUCUUUAAAUCGUGUCUAAAUCGUGUCUAUCGAUUGUAGAACAGGAUAUCUCUCGCUCUCGUGUGUUCGCGCGCGCCGGUCAUGUCCACGGGCUCCAUCAGCGACGCGGACGAUUUCCACGAGGCGGAUCUGCUGGACGGUCUGCUGCGGAUCGGCGCCGGUAAAGCGGACCAGGGCGCGUCGAACGAGAGCGCCGAGGAGAGCAGCGCGGGCGACGGCGGCCCUGCGCGCAUGUGCGCUACCAAACGGCGCAAGACGGCCGCCUCGCGCAGAAGCGACAGCGCUGUGGUGGCGGCGGCUGCGGCCGCGCACGAGGGGAAGCAGGUCCAGAGGAACGCGGCGAACGCGCGCGAGAGGGCACGUAUGCGCGUACUGAGCAAGGCGUUCUCGCGGCUGAAGACCACGCUGCCCUGGGUGCCGCCGGACACCAAACUGUCCAAGCUGGACACGCUGAGGCUCGCGGCGAGCUACAUCGCGCACCUACGGCAGAUCCUCGCGAGCGACAAGCACGAGAACGGCUACGUCCAUCCGGUCAACCUGACGUGGCCCUUCAUGGUGGCAGGCAAGCCGGACAGUGAUCUUAAAGACAUGCUGACCUCCAGCAGGUUAUGUGGGACCACCGCAUCAUGAGAGGACUUACAACCGAAUCACGGACUUCCCUCAGAGCUGACAUAUAUUCUUAUGUAUGAUACGUCAUCUCCUGUUCAAACAGCGCGAGGAGGGGCAAAAAGACAAGGGUGAAGGGGGCGGGAGGGCAACGGAGCAACAUCCUCGCGCAAAAGCAGAGACUCCUAUUUAAUUCGCAUUUCCUACCUUGCUGGUUCAAGGAAGGUCAAUGUGGGCCUUUAUAGCUACAGUUCAUCUAUCUAGACCGUUGAAUAAUCUCUUUAAUGCAGACGGUUUGUGCUUUUGGUGACGUGGGUGGUCUCCAAACGCGACCCGCUGUAAUUUUUUAUUCUCCAUUUUUCACGUGUUUUUGAAAGACAGCAUUAUAUUGUAAAUAAAAUGUGCUAAUUUGUACUGUUUCAAGGCAAAAGGCUGCAGAUUGCUUGUCUUCUUUGGCGUUUAUCGAUCCUCGUUUGGGUUUUUUUAAAAGAUGGACAGACA